AUGGAAGUUCCUGAAUCUUCCAAGGUGAAAUUGGUAGCAUAUAAACUUAAAAGUGGAGCUGCAUCUUGGUGGGAAACUCUCUGUGAUGAUCGACGUAAGUAUCACAAACCUCCUAUAAGAACUUGGAAGAGAAUGCGUAACUUAUUAAGGGCUAUGUUUUUACCUCAAGAUUUUAAACAACAGUUGUUUCUCAAGUUUCAAAACUUUCGACAAAGAGCUAGACUAGUGGAGGAAUAUGCAGUUAAAUUUCAUGCUUUAAUUGCUCGCAACAGAUUGAAUGAAACUGAAGAACAACUGGUUGCACGUUUUAUCGAUGGAUUGAACACUUUAAUUCAACAAGGAAUGACUCAAUCCAUUUUAACAAUGGUUGAAGCUAUUAAACAUGCUAUUAAUAUUGAAAGGCGUGUAUUAAAUACUUCCAGGCUAGCAUCACCUCGGCAAGCUCGUUAUCAACACUUUUAUAAAGCUGCAAAACCAUAUAAUUCACAACAUUAUUAUAGUAACCAGAGUGAAAAAGGAUCCAGCGAAGCUGUUGAUCCACAAGAGCGAAGUUAUAACCGACCCUUUCAACAACCAUCAACUCCAAAUUUUUCUUUCAAUCAAAUACCUUUUCCUUCAGACAAUGCACCAUUAAUGAAUAUUCAUGAUGCUAAACCACCUCAAGGUUCAAACCAAAGAGAUACUGCUCCAAAUACCAGAGGCAAAUAUCAACAACAAUUUCCUCCUUUACCUAAAACUGCUAAUCCUUAUGCAAAAUUUAGGGGAGAGAAGUGUAAUAAAUGCAAUCAAACAGGACAUACUUCUAGUGAUUGUCAUAAACUUUGUAGUAUGAUCAUUGACAAUAGAAGUACUGAAAAUUAUGUAGCUUCAAAGGUGGUUGAAAAGUUGGGAUUACCAGUAACUCUGCAUCCCAAUCCAUACUCUGUUGGAUGGAUAAACAAUUCUUCUACACAAAACAUAACUCAUCAGUGUUUGGUUAAGUUUUCAUUCCCUGGAUAUGAAGAUUAUGCUCUUUGUGACGUGAUUAAUAUGAGUGCUGCAAAUAUACUUUUGGGAAGACCAUGGCAGUAUGAUAUUUGCGUUGUUCAUAACUGCUAUGAGAAUACGUACACUUUCAUUCAUGAUGGUUUUACUAAGGUACAAAAUUUAUUAUCUUCUUUUGGUAGUUUAUUUCCUGAUGAUUUACCUAAUACCUUACUUCCAUUAAGGGAUUUGCAACAUCAAAUAGAUUUUAUACCAGGAACUUCUCUUCCUAAUCAAGCUCACUAUAGGUUGAGUCCUAAAGAGCAUGAAAUUUUACAAGGACAAGUUGAUGAUUUGCUACAAAAAAGAUUGAUUAGAUUAAGCAAAAGUCCUUGUGCUAGCCCAGCAUUUUUAGUCGACAAGAAAGAUGGUGGUCAUCUUAUGUGUAUAGAUUGUAGGGCUUUGAAAAAAUUACUAUAG